UUGUGGUGGUGGUCGAGGAUGUGGAAGACGUCGUACUGGUAGCAGAUGUACUGGUUGAAGUAGCAGUGGUCGCAGUGGACGAUGUUGUCGUGACGGACGAUGUGAAUGUCAUGGUUUUGGACGUGCUCGUUGAGCUCGACGUGUGGGUCGUGGUGGAUGUCUCGGUUGUGCUCGAAGACGUGCUUGUGGCUGAUGUGGUUGUCGCGGUGACUGUUGAGGACGUCGUGCUCGUGCUGGAUGCUGUUUUGCUUGUGGUUGACGAGAUGCUGGUCGUCAAAGUUGAAGUUGAAGUCGAUGUCAUCGUGAUCGAUGUGGUUGUUGCUGUCACGGUCGUAGUGGAGCUCGAGGUGAAAGUGGUAGAUGUAGAAGUAGUUGAUGUGUGCGAGACGGAAGUAGUUGUGGUAGCACUUGUCGUAGUCGUAGCUGUGACUGAGGAAGUCGUGGUAGCAGUUAUUGUGGUGGUGGUCGUCAUUGUGGUAGUCAGGGACGAGGUAGAACUGACCGUGGAGGUCGCCGUGAAGGAGGUCGUUGUUGAAUCAGUUUGGGAAGUUGUGGUCGUCUUGCUUCUGCUAGUAGUGCUUGUUACCGUGGAGCUUACAGUGGAAGUAAGACUGGUAGAAGUUGUGGCUGUCUGGGUCGUCAUACUUACAGUCGUUGUGGUCGUCACGGUAAAGCUCGAUGUGGAAGUAUGCGUGGCGGAAGUCGUGACCGUCGCGGUUGCGGAGGUCGUGGACGUGUCGGUGACACUGAUUGUCGAGGAUGAGGUGGCUGUGUAA